UCGCAGACUUGUCCUCUGAAGAUGGAAAAUCAAUAUAGCUCAGUGCUGAAGGAGGCAAAGAAGGCAGUUGAGAGUGAACCUCAAAGAGAGGACAUGCUAAGCAGAGCUGGUACAGGGUUUGGUGAACUGUGUGUAGAGGACAACAUUCCCACAUGUGAUGCUCUGCUGCAGAUGGAAGUUGAGAGGCUCCUAGUCAAGGAAAAUUCUAUAGCCACUGAAAAAUCCCUAAGAGACUCUGUGCAAAGUGAAACACCUGGAUCCAUUUCUAGCAUGUGGCGCAAAAAGCUCAGCAGGUUUAUUUUGCCUGAGUACAUUCUGGACUUCGGUUAUGUGAUUCAUGGCACUGUAUCUACUCGCAUUGUCAAAGUGACAAACACUGGUCUUCUCCCAGUGACCUUCAGAGCUGAACGACAUUCUCUGGCAGGCACAGGAUUUAGCACAGAGUUGAACAGGGUGAAGAAUCUGCCCUGCUGUGAGACAGAGACAUUUGAGGUGAAGUUUGAUUCACGAGUUGCAAAUCUAGAGCUUGCAGAGAUGAGCACUGUCUUGCCUAUACAGGUGUUGGGAGGUCCUACAGUUCAAGUCCGUCUACUAGCAGUGGUCAUGAGGCCCUCUUUGACCGCCUCCACUAACAUGUUACAGUUUGAUAGUGUUCAGUGUGGCAUGUGCAAAGUGGCUACAUUGCAGCUGCACAACCCUGAGCCAGUGCCCUGUAAGUGGAGCAUUAAAGAGGAGGAGCAGCUCAAGAGGAAGGUGAAGACUGAAAAGCACAUCCCACUUCACCUGAGACAGGAUGCUCGUUUAGAGAAGCUGAAUUCGCUUAUCUUUGAAAUGUUGCCAUCCAGUGGUGUGCUGUAUCCUGGUGACAGGGUCAACAUCCAGGUCAAAUUCAGUCCAGCUGAAGGGAGAACGUAUAAAGAGAGACUGGUGAUUGCAGUGGCCCAGAGCACCCAGCGGAUCCUAUUGUUAGUCCAGGGUCAGGGAUUGGAGCCACAGCUGGAGUUUUCUACCUCAGAAAUUGAGCUGGGGCCUGUGCUACCCUACAGCAAUGGAGAUGAGGUCGAGGUCCUGGUACGCAACCCUUGCCCUUUCCCCAUUGAGUUCUACUCCCUGGACUUUGACAGGCAGUAUCUGGAGGAAGAGAGAAUCCUGCGGUUGAUAAAAGGAUAUGAUGCACAUAAUAUAUUGCUGUUACCCCCUCGAGCCCCUGGCGAGCCUUUGCCUGCUGAACUCCUGGACUACUACCAAGAGCAUAGGUUUAGGAAACCUGAACCAGCUGACUCCCGUAAAGAUGUCGAGUCUUCCGAUGCCAAGGAGAAGUGUGCAGGGCGAGAGGAUAACUUAUCAAAUGCUCCAGCUGAAGAGUGCCCUCUGGACGUGGGUGAGGAUGCCACAUCUGUACUGUCCCAAUAUCGGGCAUUUACUGGUAAAGAUGUGGUCAAAGACGACAUCAGGACCAGCAGGGUGGGUGAUCUGGAGGUGAACCCUGUGUCUAGAGCCAUUGCUCACUACAUGGGCAUUGAUUUGUCACCAGCAGGCCAAGCUGUUCACAACUGCAAAGGCAUUGCCAUUAUAGUGCAUGGUGCUCCACUCUCAGGUAAGACUGCUUUGGCUGUGAGCUUGGCACGGUACUACGGUGCUGCGUGUUUGAACAUAGACUCAGUAGUGCAAGAGGCUGUGUCAUCUGGAACCAGCACUGCAAGCAAGCAGGCCAGAGAGCUGUUUGGAGCCACCAUUGAGUCUGUGCCAGGCACAGCAGAACAUACUGCCCCAGCUGUGUUAAAUGUGAUGACUGCGGCUUGUCAGGCUGAAGGCGUUCUCAGUGUUGAGGCAUUAGCCAAGCACACUUCUGAGAGUAUUCAGGACACUGACUCCAAAGCCCCCACAUCCACUAUCUCAACAAACAAUAAGACCAGCACCGUGGGAGCAAAGAAAAAUGACGACUCUAAUCCCACUGCUACAGUGGCUGGUCCAACUCACAGGCUCCCUAAUGAGAAUGUGAGUCAGGUGGGUGAGCUGGGAGGCAUGAAUAGUUUAUUGCCUGAUGAUCUCCUGGUAGAGAUCCUGUCAGAGAGACUACAGCUUAGCGACUGCGACCGAGGCGUUGUGAUUGAUGGCUUGGAAACAAUGUACUGCAGCUUUCCAAGCACUAUGCUCCAUGUCAUCUUCAAAGCUUUCAACAACCGCCAGCACAUCUAUGUUAUCAACCUCACCGAUAGCUACUUUGAAUUCAGAUCCAGAGAGAGAGCUCAACUGGAGAUGACAGAGGCCUUACAAAUGGAACAGACUGAAAGAGAAAAGCUGCAUGUGCAGGAGAUGGAUGAGGAUGAGUAUGACGCCCUGUGUGAGGAAAAGAAAGCAUAUGCAGACCUUCAGCACUUGGAGAUGCUAAAGGAACAUAUGUACAGCAAGCAAGAGAGUGAGCAGGAGAAGAGGCAUCAGGAGGAGAAGCUCAGAGAGGAGGAGGAGCUGAAGAAAAAAUACAAGAAGGGAAAAAAGGAAAUACUUCCAGAGGAUUUAACAGAAAGGAGAAGUCAGUUGGGAGUUGCCCAGCCUGUUGUAGAACUGCACUCUGACACUGGACUGGAACAGCAGCCUAAAGGGGGUAGAAAGAUGUCUUCCCGCACAGAAGCCAAAGACUCACUUUUAGAGGGUGCCGGAGAACUUGAUGAAGGAGGCAAAAAGAAAGCCAAAGAUGGCAAAGACAGCAAGCCAACUGGCCAUGAUAAUUCUUUACUGCCACUGGAUGAACUGGAGAAAGAACUGAUAACUGAGGCCGAAAGGCAGUUGUUUUCCCGCUUCCAGCUAUACGAGCAGAGCCAACCACUGAUCCAGCACAUGCUGCAGAACUGGGAUAGGACUCAGGGCCUCCUGCUGAAUUCUCUUCCUUCAGAGGAUCAGCACCAGGGGCCUGAGGAAGCCUCAGAACAUCAUAAGCUACCCAGCAAGAGGGCCAAAAAGGAGCGGGAGAAGGAGAGGAUGAAAAUGGACACUGCUGAGCCUAAGCUGCUGUCUCCAACCCCCAGCCAGACUCAGCUGUUGCCCAAUGGCAAGGGCUCGGAGAAUGAGCUGGCAAUAGAGUUCAUCCCCCACACCUGCAUUUCUAUCAGCAAAAAAGAGGAGGCAAGCAUAGACAAGCUUCUAGACAGCAUGAAGCUUCCAUCACGUGAUGAGGUUUUGGAUGGGUUAGGGCUUGGACCCGCAGGUCCACCUAUUCCUCCUCCCAUGCUGUUCUCAAUAGUCCCAUACCCCAAAAGGAGAGUGGUGUCCAGCUUUCGUCUUACUCCUGGCUGCUUCACCUUCUUAAUGCCCUCAUCUCUGGAAGACUCAGCCGAGGAGAAGCGGGAGAUUGACUUGGAGACAGAAGCCCUAAGCCCCACAGUGUCUGCAAAGGAGGAUGUUACAAUCCUGAACAAAGGCAAAGGGAAAAAGGCCCCAGUGAAAGAGGAAUCAGCCAAGGGGACCACAAAAGACAAGCGGCGAGUUCCUGCAAAAAAAGGAAGCAAGAGCAUAGACUCUCAUUCAUCUCCAUUGAACACGGGCACCCCCUUAUCUGAAACUGACCACAGCAAGUCUCUUACAGAUUGUCUUACAGACCACAUCCAGAGGCUCACUCAUUUUCGCUGGGUUGUGCCGGCAAAUGGAGAAGUGACCCUGAAACUGUGGUACCACUCAUCUGUGCCUGGUGAUUUUAAACAGACUCUGGGGUUUGAAGUGAUGGGGACCAAGCGCUGCUAUCAGCUCUACUGCAGAGGCAUCUGUGCUUUCCCAUCCAUCAGCAAAGACUAUAAGACAGUGUUUGCCCACUGUAAAAAGGCCAUGCAGAAAGAGAAUGACUUACAGAAGACGUACAUCAUCCGCUCAGGCCUUUAUGACUUCGGGCCCCUGCUUUGUGGAAGAACUAGAGACAGGUACAAGGAAAAGAAGUCCCCAGAAAACACAGAAAGACUAGUAAUACACAACAACUCCCCCAUGGAGGCAGAGGUUCAUUUCUGCCUCAACCGGGACACAAAAUCCACCACAUUCAUCCUGGACCCUCUGAGCAUGGUUCUUAAGCCCAAUGAGAGAAAGGAGCUCAGAGUAUGGGCAUACCCCACCACUCCAGGUCUUACAGAAGACAGUGUGGUGUGCUGUAUUAAGGACAACCCAGAACCUGGCAUCUUCUUCAUCUCUUGCAGAGGAGUCCGGCCAGAGCUGGAAGUGGAGCACAAGCAACUUAAUUUUGAUAAGAUUUUCCUGGACAGGAGGGAGACACGCAGUCUGUGCUUGCGUAACCCCACUGCACUGCCAGUCGCCUGGAGGCUGAGUGCCCUUGAGGUGCUGGGUGAGGAGUUCAGCAUUUCCCAGGACCACGGCAUCAUCGUGGCGCACUCAGAGUUUUCCUUGCUCAUGCAUUUCCAAGCCAUAAAACCUAUUAGUCUGAAGAAAACCAUAAGAUUGGAGGUGUCAGAUGUGGAGAAUAUUCUUGGUGUUGUCCAUACAGAGAACAUUAAUAUUGUGGCAGAGGCGUAUGAUGUGGCCCUGGAAAUUACAUUUCCAAAAGGUAAAGACACCAGUCUGGACUUUGGCAUGAUCAAAGUAUCAGAAACACUGCCAUUAUCUGUUAACUUGAAAAACAAGGGCAAACAUGACAUUGCCUACAAGUUCAUCCUGGAGCCUACCGAGCCUGGAAUGCCUAAACUCAACUCACUCUUCACUAUUACACCUCAAAAAGGCUCUCUUCAUCCCACUGACCGGCACACAUGUGUCCAAGUCACCUUCUGCUACAACAAGGAGGUGUCUAUCAGACAACAGCCAAUUUUACACUGUCAGGUCAUUGAACCAAAUAUUGAUGAAGAUGGAGAAACCAUUAAGAUCAUACCCAUCAAAGUGUCUGUGCAGUGUCUCUAUUCCAAGUACAGCAUCCACCCUGAGAAUAACAUCAACUUUGGCUCAGUAGAGCAUGGUUCCCGCAGGAUACAAACAAUUACUGUGGAGAAUAGGGGUGAAUUUGAGAUCUGUUUCACCAUCUCCAGAAUGUUUAAAGAUGUCCCAGUGUCUGAACAGAAGAAAGGUAUAGGCAAGAAAUCUUCCAGAGAGAACAACUCAGCAAGACGAUUAUCCUCCACCAUUAAAUUACGCCAGUCUGACUCUACCCAGAAGGACAAUAUUAGGGACACCAUACCUUCUCAGACACGUUUGCCUAUGGGGUUGUUCUCCUUGUCUCCAUGCUUUGGCGUCCUUCCACCUGGUGCCCAGCAGGUGGUAACUGUGGACUGUGUAGCAGAGCAGGUAGGCUGCUGGGAGGAGUGCCUGGUGGUGGACAUCACUGAUCGAGACCCUUUUGACAGCCCAGGAGGGAUUCUUUACAAGCUGCUAGCAGAGGUCUGCAUGCCAGGAAUAGCCCAUGAAGAUAUUGCUUCAAUCUUUGAAGAGCACAGAUUGUGCAAGAACAGUAACAUGCUACAAUGUAAGCAUUAUCAAGAGGCUAUGGGCAUCUACAUCCAGGACGAGAACAAGUUUGUCUUCAACAAUGUGCUGGUUGGCCAGUCAGCCAAGGCCCGCUUCCGUCUUACGAACCCUGGCAAAAUAGCUUGUAAACUUAGUUUACAGGUGAAAGCUGUCCUCAACCAGAUGUCCAUACGUAGCUCUGAGGUGUUUGAACUGAGCCCUACUCGGAUGAGUAUCCCCAGUCACUCACAUGCCUUUGCUACAAUUACCUUCACUCCCCAGCACAUGCAGACCUACCUUGGAGUGUUUGAAGCCUCUCUAGAAAGGGCAGCCGGGAGCAAGGUGCUGGUGUUUGAUUUGGUGGGAGAGGGUAAUUUGCCCUGCAUAACUAUUCUAAAACCAAUCCAGAGGACUAAACAUGGACAGCCAGUCCUGCAGUUCAAGCGGCUGCUGGUAGACAAGAGACAAAUCCUCCCUCUGGUCAUCAAGAACAUUAGCAAUGUACCUGCACAGGUUAGCAUUGAUCUGCUUGACAAGAUGGGAGUCUUUGCUUUAAGGGCAGCUCCUGACACCUUAUGCAACCACAUCUCCUCUUCACACAUUGCAAGUGAGCCUGGAACAGAAGAAAGACAGAUGGCCCAUUUGGUUUCCCUGACUCUAAUGGCUGGACAGCAAGCAGAGUUUGCAGUGGAGUUUCAUCCGGAGGUACCUCAUAGUUUUGAGGCCACCAUGCAGCUGUUGGUAAAAGACAACCAGUAUGAAACGACACUGAUAAAGCUCCUAGGAGAGGGCUACCGUGACAUAAUCUCUUUGGACCACAUCAGCAGCAAGGUUCCUCAGGACCAAGACAGCACAGAAGCCAGAUAUGACAUUGUGCACUUCGGAGACUGUCACGUGGGUCGUCUUUACCACAAGACUUUCACCAUGACCAACCACAGUAACUCAGUGGCUCUGCGCUUUCAGUGGCCUCAGGGUGAACCACAUCUGCAUAUCUCACCUCAGAUAGGCCAUCUCCAUGCCGAGUGCACCAAGGAGGUGACCGUAAGCUUCAGCUCAGAGCAACCCAUAGUGCUGAAUGCACAGGUGAUGAAGUGUAAACUCUACCAGAUAACCUUCCAGCAGCCUGUGGACCAAGUGCCAGACUGGGAUGACCGUCACCGGACUGUCAAGUGGGUGGAUGUGGAAAAGCUGGUCUCACCUCAGAGACCAGCCAAGAAAAAGGUGGUAGAGACUGAUCCGGAGCCUGUCCAUUCAGUGGUGGAAAACUCAGUUAGGGAGCUAGAACUGGGGAUUAGUGCCAUAUGUGAUUAUGCCAAGUUUGAGUGUGAUGCUGAACCUAUCCAUUUUAAAGACACCAUGCUCUUUCAGACCAGAAUCUUCCAAAUGCAGAUGGACAACAAAGGCACUGUGGAGCUUGAGUACUCCUGGCAGGUUAUGAUGGAGACCUUUGGGAAGACUCUUUGCUUUAAUCAUGGAGACAUGACCCCUACUUCUGCCAAGGGCAGUCAGACAGUGCUGAGGCCAGCCAGCAAUUUGAGGAGUUUGUCCACUCUGCUGUUAGGAGAUCCAGAACUUCCUCCAUUCACUGUGGAGCCCAGUAUGGGGCUUAUCCUGCCUGGAACAAACCAGAUAUUUCAAGUCCGCUUCUCCCCUCUAGAAGUAGCCCAAUAUGAGGCCAGGCUAGUCUGCAGCAUUCCCAAUCUGAAGGACAAGCAGAGUCCUGUGAUAGCAGUGAACGGACGCAGUAUGAUGCCUUACUGCCAUUUCCACCUGGAAGACUCAGGAUACCUCACUGAUAACAGACAGAACCUUGAGCUCCCUGGCCCCCAGGGGUCCACACCCAGGGCCAUCUUGGAUCCCAACACCAAAGUUAUAGAAUUCACAUCCACAGGGGUCGGCACAUCUAUCUGCAGGACCUUCAGUGUUGUAAAUCCCACCAACAAGCCAUACUCAUUGUUGUGGAGAUGUGAAGACUCUGAGCUUAAACCCUUCACCUGCCUUACACCAAAGGACUUUAUUCAACCUGGCAAGACGGUGGAGGUCUCAUUUAAAUAUCAUGCCAAAGAGCUGGAUUUUGUUGAAUCCUUCUGGACCUUCUUAAUCCCAGAGCACAAGUUCUCUGUGCCCUUCCUGCUGGUGGGCAUAGCGAAAGAUCCAGUGGUGUACAUUGAUCAUGCUCAUCUUAAUCUAGGCAGCCUACUUAUUGGUCGUGAGGUCCAUAAAAUUGUGUAUGUGGUGAAUGAAGAAGACCGACCUUUCCACUUUGCCAUUGAGGAGGUCUCUCGGCACUCAAAGUCUUUCAAAGACAGCCUGAUACUGAAGCCCAUGCAAGGGACAAUACCCCCCAGAGACAAGUUUCCAGUGGCCAUAUCUUUCACACCUACACAGGAGGGUGUGGUGACAUUUAACCUGCGCAUGGUGAUCAGAGGAAAAAUUCAGCCACUCACUAUGAACGUGAAAGGGGAUGGUUAUAACAUGAAUGUCUGUGUCCAAUAUGAGAGUCCAGAAGGGGCCAUGACUGAACUCUCUGCUGCUGAUAGUCAUCUUGUGGACUUCAAACAAGUGGAGCUGAGUAGUAAGUCUACGUGUGCCUUUGUGGUGUCCAACCCAGGGAGAUUCAAUGUGGAUGUGCAGUAUGAGAUAAUAGGGCCUGAAGAGCUGCAUUGCCACCUGCAGGUGGAGUCCACAACAGCUGUAGUGCUAGUGGGAAAACAGAAUCGUUGCAUCCUCAGCUUCUUCCCCCUGAAGAAGUGUGACCUCAAAGAUAUGGGCUUCUUAAUCAAGGUAAAGGACGGCCCUGUUUUCCAUUGCAGUCUGCUGGGUUCUACCACCAGCCUGGGCCUGGAGUUUUCUUUCCUCAAGUACAACUUUGGAAAGACCUUCAUUUACUCUGCUGGCAUGGUACCUGCCACAUGCAUACUGCUUAUCAGCAACAAAGGGGAUAGAGUAAUCAGUGUAGACUGUUUAUUCUCCAACACCCCUUUUCUGGAAGUGAGCUUCAUACCUGAUGUGCUGCCCCCUGGUGGUAGCAUGGAGGUGCCUUUCAGGUUCUACCCACGAGAAGCAGUGCCCUACCAUGAAAAGGUGGUCUUUGAGAUAAACGAGUAUUCCAUGCAGGUAGUGGAGCUCAUGGGGCAAGGAAUUGAGAUGAAGAUUGAAGUAGAGGAUCCAAAAUUAAAGACAGUGAAGCUUGGAACUCUACAGGUGGGCGAGAGGAGCAAGAAGCUCAUCCCCCUGAUAAACAACAGUCUGUCUUCCUUGACCUUCUCUCUCUUCUUCACACCCUCUGCACAGGCUCUACUGAACUCUAAGGUCCUGUCAGUGAAUCCAAGUAGGAAGGUGACGCUGAAGGGUGGGGGGGAAAAGUGUGUGGUGGAGGUGCUCUUCUGCCCUCAGCAACGCAUGGCCCCGUUCAGCGAGGAGGUGCAGCUGAAGUGUUUGGACACCUUACGCCCCCUACUGGUGCUGAAAGGCUGCUGCCAGGGUGUGGAGGUCACACUGGACCAGAACUACUUGUCCUUUGGAGCAGUGGCCCAGCACUGCCAAGCCACACGUCAUAUUAUGCUGCAAAAUACAGGAGACAUUGGGGCUAGGUUCAAGUGGGAUGCAAAGGCUUUUGCUCCAGACUUCAGUAUCUGCCCUGCUGAAGGUUACAUUUGCCCAGGAAUGGAGGUGCCUUUGGUGGUGACCUUUGCUCCUGAUGAGGUCAAGCAGGAGCUGUGCUAUGAUAACCUUUUCUGCUCUAUAGAGGGGGGCAAGCCUGUAACCCUCACCCUUGCUGGCUCCUGCAUUGUUCUCCCAGUAGCCAAUCAGGUGCUGAAUUUUGUGUGUCAGGUCCGUAGUCAGUGCACUCAGUCUGUGACUCUGUCUAAUAAUACUAACCAGCGCUGGUGCCUGAAGCCUGUGAUUGAGGGUGAAUAUUGGAGUGCUUUACUUUCCCUCAUCAUUGAGCCAUACCAGCAAAAUAAAGCCUACGAGAUCACCUAUAAGCCCAUGGUCAUGACCACGGAUGGUAAAAAGCACCUGGGCUCCAUGUUUUUCUCUUUCCCCGAUGGUUCGGGCAUGCUGUACACCCUACAGGGCACAGCAGAGCCACCUAAAGCCAUGAGCACAAUCAGCCAUGAAGUACCUUGCAAGACAUCCUACACAGAGAUUGUCCCUGUUCAUAACUGGUUGUCCAAACCUCAGAGAUUCCAUGCUAUAGUGGAGAUGAUUAAACCCGAACGUCCUGACAGCACGAUCUCACUGAAGGGGCUUGAUUAUGUGGAUGUGUCGGCGUUGACUAAACGGAACUACAAAAUCUCCUUCUUCAGCUACAAGGAGUGCCAAUGCAAUGCCAAACUAACCUUUAAAAAUGAGGCCACGGGGGAAUACCAGUUCUACUAUCUCAACUUCAAGGCUACACCUCCAGGAGUGAUCAGGACAAUUGAGAUGGUUACAGUGGUUAGGCAGAUGACUUCAGACUGUGUGAACUUGGAAAAUCCUUUACCCACCAACCUGUUGUUCACAACUGAGUGCCGCAAUACGGAUGUCAACAUGCAGUCUCAGUUCUCAGUGCCUGCACUCUCUACGGAAACCUUGAGGUUUGAGUACCAGCCUCUGCGUUCAGGUGAAACUACAGCACGGCUCAUGCUGCAUAACAAUGAACUGGGUUAUUUCAACUAUGAGCUUUUGCUCCGUGCGCUUCCUGCUCCUCCUGAGAAACCCCUUUACUUCAGAGCACCACUGGGCAGUGGUCAAUACCUCACUGCCAAGUUCACCAGCUAUUCCCGUGUCAAGGCUGAGUACACCUGCAAGACAGACAGUCCGGACUUCAUUGUGGAAAAGAAUUUAAUGAUGGUGGCGGCGAGCUCCCAAGCAGGCACAGAUGUCAGUGUGGAGGUCUAUUUUGAGCCCUGUCAGUUAGGUGAGGUGCGGGGCCUGUUGACACUAUCAUCCAGCACUGGAGGGGAUUAUGUGUUCCCUCUGUAUGGAACAUGCACACCUCCCAAAGCCCAAGGCCCCUUUGCCAUCCGUGCUGGUUCCAACAUCUCCAUCCCCUUCAAGAAUGUCUUCAUGGAGACCACAGCCUUUUCUUGCCAAGUGGACAACCCAGCCUUCACCUUCAAGGGCAUGGACACCAUUCGCUCAAAGAAGACUCACCAAAUCAUUGUGAGCUUUGAGAGCCCACAGCCAGGCUCCAAGACCCCCUGCACUGGAAAACUUAUCAUCUCAAGUCCACGCAUAGAGGGCCAUGGCACAGGCCUCUCCUGGGUAUAUUAUCUGAAAGGCAUCUCCCCAGAGAAGCCUCAGAGAGACAAGAUGUCAUAAAGUGCUGCCAAGGUCCAAAGAACAAAUCUUAUGUGUGUUUAUCUUAAAAAUCACAUCCAACUGUAGUUUUCAAUUAAAUAAACAUUUUAGCAGUGGUCACUUUUUGCCUUGUACAGUUGUUUCAAACCCAGACAAAACCAAAUAAAAAUUUUACCUACAGUGAUAUAAGCAUAAUUACAUUUCAUUUACAAGUGCGUUUCAAAAGUAACUGUAGAAGUCUCUUGUAUAUGAUUUGUGUCUUUCUGCAUAAAUUAUUUGCUUUUACUGUAUCUGCAAUAUGAAUUAAAGACCUAAAGAUGUGUCUACA